AGCGGCACUUUGACUGAGCGCAAGGUCAGGAGCGCGCUGCCCCACGCUCCCCGCCGCUGAGAAGUUCCUUGGACAAGAACAGACGUCGACUGCAGCUCGGCAGAGCGCGGAGCGAGCUAGCAAGCGAGCGCCGCCGAGUCGCCCGCGGCGGGGAGAGGCAGUUCGCGCCCCGCGGCCCGGACUCGGCCCCGCGCGCCCCGCCAUGGCUGAGGUGGGGGGGGUCUUCGCUUCCUUGGACUGGGAUCUGCACGGCUUCUCCUCGUCUCUGGGGAACGUGCCUUUAGCUGACUCCCCAGGUUUCCUGAACGAGCGCCUGGGCCAGAUCGAGGGGAAGCUGCAGCGCGGCUCGCCCACCGACUUCGCCCACUUGAAGGGGAUCCUGCGACGCCGCCAGCUCUACUGCCGCACCGGCUUCCACCUGGAGAUCUUCCCCAACGGCACGGUGCACGGCACCCGCCACGACCACAGCCGCUUCGGAAUUCUGGAGUUUAUCAGCCUGGCUGUGGGGCUGAUCAGCAUCCGGGGAGUGGACUCUGGCCUGUAUUUAGGAAUGAACGAGCGAGGAGAACUCUAUGGGUCGAAGAAACUCACACGUGAAUGUGUUUUCCGGGAACAGUUUGAAGAAAACUGGUACAACACCUAUGCCUCCACCUUGUACAAACACUCGGACUCGGAGAGACAGUAUUAUGUGGCCCUGAAUAAAGACGGCUCACCCCGGGAGGGAUACAGGACUAAACGACACCAGAAAUUCACUCACUUUUUACCCAGGCCAGUAGAUCCUUCUAAGUUGCCCUCCAUGUCCAGAGACCUUUUCCGCUAUAGGUAACGGACCCCUAAUGUGACCUCUGUGACCUGUAUACUCUGGGGCCACAGUUGUCUCUGGAAGCACUAUACUCAUAGCUUUUCAAUCUUCU